ACAAUGUCUGCAGCUCAGAGGAUUGGUGAUGUUGAAAAUCUGGUGAAUCCUAUGAGAAUGCUUUGCAGUCAGAAGUACAAACCCAUUGACUACAAACGUCUGUGUGAACUCACUGCAGCAGAAAAAAUGGCAUCCAGAAAAAUUCAAUUAAAGAUCAAAAAAAUGGAGCAAAUUUCAAAAGUUAGCAAAGAGCAAAUGCUGCAGAAACAGCACUGCCGAGUGUGGUGGCAAGAGUAUAAGAGACUCAGUGAGAACAGGGAAAAAGCAGAAGCAGAAAUACAGGCUCUUCUUGAUGAAGGAAGUCAUAAGUACGACUUUUUUUUGGAUAUAUGGGACUUGGAGCAUAAAUUGUCCCAGGAGCGGGAUGCUUACCAAACUGAUGCUGUGGCUCCUAUCUGGCAACUAAGAGAGAAUCUGAAGUUCUGGCUGUCUGAAAUGCAGCAUUACGUCACAGAAGACUCAUCUCUGAAAAACAAAUUCAGUCUAGCUGAGAAGUUACAGCAGAUCGAAUCUGUGAAGAAACAAUGGAAAACAGUUUUGGAAUUUCUUGACCUUGAAAGUCUGGCUUUGGAAAGAGAGCUUCAAGACUACAAAAUAGAAGCCAUAGUGCAUGGAUUUGAAGAGAAAAACGGACUUUUCCAUGAAGUUCCUUCAGAUCUCCUGUCUUUGAAGUUCCCUUACCCAGACUUGAAGAGCUUUGUUAUCAAUGAAUACCACAAGCUUGCAAAUGAAUACUGGUCUAAGCUGCAAGAGAUUGAUCAACAGCUAGACGUCAUAUAUAGGAACACUGACUGGAAGGAAGAGGAUCAGUGGGUUUUUCAGACUGUCAUCAAUCAGUAUCCGAGUGAUCUCCAGCAGAGAAGGACUCUGUACCUUGAUAUGCUGCACAGAUGUCUUCCUCACAAGUCUAGGCACGAACUGGUUACUCAUGAGAAAGCUUGGGAUCGUUACAAUUUCUUUAAGAAUCAACGCAGAGUCUUGAUAUUAAGUUGGGCUCAAGCUAGGAAAGCAUUCGUCCUGAAGGCGGUGAUGGCUGUUGCUGAAGCCUCCGCUGCUCGGGAGGCAGAAGUGGAAUCAGCAAUUAACAGACAAAAGCAACAGGAGAUCUGUGCUGAGCUGAAAGCCAAGGUCCUACAAUGGAGAGCACAACAGGAGGAGGCAGCUGAGCUGGAAGCUGCUGUAGCUGCUAGAAGAAAAGAAAAGGAAGAUGAGAAAGAAAGGCUACAGAAAAAGCAGGAAAUGAUUCGCAGAGCUCAGGAGAAAGAAAAAGUUAAAAAAUACUUGGCUGAGAAACAGCUGAAGUGGCAAGAACAGGAAGAAAAAGAGCUCCAACGUUUGGAGGAAUUAAGGAAAUUAAUGGCUAAACAAGCAAUUAAAGACAGAGAACGGGUGGAGUUCAGACAAGGGCUGCUAGAAAAGAGGAUCCUGGAGAAAAAGGAGGAGGCCCUUCGAGAAGCCUGUGCAGCAGAAGAGAAAGAGAAAUGCCUGGAAGCACUUCGACAAAAGGUUUCCAUCGUAGCAAAACCAGACCCAGCAAGAGUGGUGGCUGAUACUGCAGCAUCUAAAGCUCGGAUGGGCGUUGGGUCCACAGAAGAGUUUGUUCUUCAGAAGCCGCUGUUUCAGUUGCAAACAUACAGUGAAGAGCAGAUCAUUUCUGACCCCAGGCUUCGUGUCGAGUUAGCUCUUCGAGAAGCUGGACUUCAUAAAACACUUUAUGCAAAAGAGAUUUUGCCAAAAAUUCCUCCACUGAAGCUUCCAAGAAGAGACAUGGAAUCUACAGUGUUUAAGAUGUAGAGCACUUUGUGUGUCAAGAGCAGAGAAGCUUCAGAGGUGUCAUCUGGGCCGUAACAGUAGACCUUUCAAUAAAUUCUCACUGGCCGUGUCAUGGAGCUGCUGGGUUGUCACUGUGUGCAAUCAUUCAAGGAAAGGAUGUGCCUUUCCUUGCAGCGUUCGGUGCAACAUCUGAGCCCUGCCUGGGUGCAGGCUUUGAGGAGCUCUGCUGGGCUGCUCUUCAACUCCCCAUGCUGCAGGAUUCCCCAUAUUUCUUCCCAGCAGGAGAUCAGCAGUGAUGGGAAAGACCUCUGCCAACUCUGCUGGUCAAUUUGAGUAGCAUGGUUUGGAAUUCUGGUUUUUAAUUCAGACCCCAAAGGCUUUGCAGUGAGUUGGAUUGUAUUGUGGUGCACAAAUGCAUCCCACGUGGCUUUCAUUCCAGGUUGCCUGUGAAUUUGAUUCUUUUAAUUAUAAGAUCUUUCUGCUAUUCCUUGAUGACGAUCAGAAGGAACUUAACCUUUGUCUAUAUUUAGAAACCAGUUUGCUGCGUCGUACUUACUGGAAACCAGUCAUGCAAGCAAUUUCGUAUUGGCAGUGUUUCAGAAUGAAUUAUACAUUAUAAACACCAUUUCAGAUCUGGGAUUCUUAUUUUGGAGUGGACUCCACUGCGUGCGAUCCUCUUCAAUUAAAGUAAAUUGAUGUCAUUUCAUUUCGUAACUGAUUGCAUUUUCAAGCCUCACAUAAGAUGGCUGUAAAAUGUAUUCUGUAUGUAAACAAGUUACAGCAAGGAGCUUAACCCAGAGUUCCUAAGGACAAUAAAUGUCAGAAAGAUCUGAACAUCCGUAUUUGCAUAUCUAGUUAACUAGAGGAACUUAAUUAGCCUAAUAUUGUGAUGCUUUACAGGCGUUAAUGGGACACACAUCCUCAAGGCCCUGUGAAGCAGUGAUUCCUUGUUGCCCAAAGGAGGAUCUGCGGGUGAAGAUGUUGGAGGCCCUGCCAGCAGAACCUGUCUGCAGAGCUGUGCUGGCUGCUGCCCUCCUCAGCAGGCUGUUCUUCCUGUUGACUGGUUCAGCAGCUCUGCACUGAGCGCCUUGCAGUCUGACAGGCGAUGUUCCAUUCUUCACACCUUGCACUGAAGGUGCACCGGGCCAGGUGACGAGCAGUUUGAUCUUCUGGAGUUCAGGUUCUACUCUGAAACAGUUCAGACGUCCCUAUGCAGCACACUGGCAUACAGAUUCAUUCUCUGUCAAGGACUCAUUAAUACAUGCUAAUGCACCUUUGGCCAUGCUCGGUGAUAUCUGGGGUGGCCAAGUGCCCACCUGCUUCUUCCCUAUUUUCCACCAUCAGCUUCGUCACUGAGACCUUCCAAUCACUUUCAGCUGCUGGAUAUUCUGAGGCCUGAGAACAACAUCUUUAUGAAAAUGAAGUCACUCCACUUUAAGAUGUACAACUCAGCUGUCAGUUUUGGUCAUCAGAAGUGGCUCAAGUGUUAACUGGUGCCUGAAAGUCAAGUAUGCCACAGCUGCAGGAUGAGUCGGUGCAGUACCAACUGCUGCAGAAACACAAUGCUUGUGCCAGCUUAUGUGCACAUAAGCUUAUGUGUGCUUUUGGGUUUGUAUUUAUAGAAGAGCAAUGUGAGUGGCUGCAGUGCUGGCUCUGAUCCCUGGGAAGCGGGCGGCUGUGCUGGAUGGUUUGCAUUCUGAAAGGAGCUCCCAGAGACGGAGGUGCUGAGCCCUAUAAGCCAUUAACUGACUGAUGCGAAACCCUGGGAGGGUGUCAGAAUGUGCAACAGAGUAAACAUUUCCCAAUGUAAUCGUUAAGUUAGAAGCGGAAUGAUUGAAGAGUCUUAACUGCACCACAUUGUAGAAAAUAAAGAAGUGGCUGUCUCCUGCAGAGCAAAUGAUCAGGGCUGUAGCUGUGUCAGCUGCAGCAAAGCAAACCCCUACCAAAUUGGGCAGAAUGUUAAACAUCGUGUUGCUUUUCCUGGAGUAGUUUUCACUAAGAGCUCACCUACCUUACGGUUAGUACACGAGGUUCUUGAAGUGGACGUUGGACUUUGCAGAGCUGAGCUUGAACUGCAGGUUAAAUUGCAUGUCAGUAACGGGUGACUGAAGGACACUAGCUCAAGUCCUGCUCUUCCUUAGCCUUCAGAUCAGUAUUUGUGCCUGAAAACUGAAGUCCAGGAAGGCAAACUCAGAACCAGGCUCCUUCUCUGAAACAAGUGGAGUUUGUGUGCUCCCAGUGCUGACCCGGCGUGAUGGCAGUCAGAGUGCUGCUGGGAGGCUGCGAUGCUGCAGGGAGCUCUGCA